UUUGUUUCCAAAAAGGUCUGAAGGUCCAGGUUUGGAAAGAGAACUACUGCUUUCAGGACACGAUUACAAGUUGCCUGAAUGUUGAGAGCUCUAACUUUUUCGUGUAUGUUCUGCCAGCAGUAGGAGAGUGGAGGAGAAGCCCGAGAGCUGGAAAUGGCCGCAGCUGGGAAUGACCGCUCUUUCCAUGUUUGUUCCCCCUACGCACAGCAGAAGUACAGCAACAUCUCCUGUUUCUGGGAAAAACAACCAUCAGGCUGCUUGAGGAUCAGUUGCGCCUUCCAUCACAGCAAACCUCGCAGCAUAAAUGGACUUUUUUUGCCGCCGAGUAACAAUGCCCCAUUGCAACAAGGUGUCCAAGAAGGGAUUCUGCACCCAGCCCAUGGUCAAGAGUCACUCAGAAAUCAAAAGAAUAUUUUACGACCAAUUCACCCUCCACUGACUAUACACCUCAACGAUGAAGAUGACGAUGAGGACGAUGAUGAAGAGGAGGAGAACGGUGCUCCUGACUGGGUGCCUCAGACUGCUGCAGACCUUGAAGAGGAAAGAGCAAUAAAGGAAAUAUGCUAUCAAUCUGGAGAGUAUUACGGGAUUCAGUACCCUCAGGAACACCAAUCAACAAAAACUGUGUCUUCACCUCGGGAAAACGAGCUACUACCCUGGGAAGCUACCGAGCGAGACUUGCAGGCAGGUGACGGUGAUACAGUUCCUACAACAUUUAAGAAUGCAAAAGGAGAAGGAGAGAGCUCAGGAACGACAGUACCAGCAGAGACCAUUCCCAGAACAGAUCGUGGAUCCUUUGAAAACGGAGGAACCAAUCGCAUGGAGCGGGUAAAGAACUAUCCCGGUAAAGAAGCAAAGGAGAAGCAAUGGAUUUCCGAGGGAGAAAGCAAGUCCCAUAACACAGGAACAGGAAAAGGAAUUCACACUCCAGACCCCAAAGCAAAACCACGUCGCCAACAAAGGGGUCAAAGUAAGGACGAUGAAGCUGCUUCUGCUAUUCCUCCAGUGAGAGAAACUGGAAGAGACACUUAUUUCAGUUCUUCAGAACCUCGAAGAUCAGCAUAUGUAGUCUACCGUACUGCCACCGUCACCCAAGAACCAAAGUGCAGUGGACCGACAGGCGACGGUGAUACAGUUCCUACAACAUUUAAGAAUGCAAAAGGAGAAGGAGAGAGCUCAGGAACGACAGUACCAGCAGAGACCAUUCCCAGAACAGAUCGUGGAUCCUUUGAAAACGGAGGAACCAAUCGCAUGGAGCGGGUAAAGAACUAUCCCGGUAAAGAAGCAAAGGAGAAGCAAUGGAUUUCCGAGGGAGAAAGCAAGUCCCAUAACACAGGAACAGGAAAAGGAAUUCACACUCCAGACCCCAAAGCAAAACCACGUCGCCAACAAAGGGGUCAAAGUAAGGACGAUGAAGCUGCUUCUGCUAUUCCUCCAGUGAGAGAAACUGGAAGAGACACUUAUUUCAGUUCUUCAGAACCUCGAAGAUCAGCAUAUGUAGUCUACCGUACUGCCACCGUCACCCAAGAACCAAAGUGCAAUGGACCGACAGCAGUACCUGAGCCGUAUGCUGGGAAACGCUCCAAACAAAAGAAUCAGCUUGACGCAAAUAGAAGAUUUUGGACCCAAACCGAAAGCUAUGACAAAUAUACUUCAGGCUCUUACAAUGCACCAACUUGGAGGAAAAGAAAUCCACACCCUAAAACGUUCUCAAAGUCUAAAACAACCAGUCAGAGCCAAGAAGACAGGGAAGUGAACAGGAAAGGAGAGCGAUACAUAGACAGGAGAAAGAGAUGA